CCUCUGAGUCUCACCACCGCGCGUAUGCAGAGAUCAUUCUAGUCACUUCUGUUGACCCGAGUAGUAGCACAUUGCAGUCAUGAGAACACUAAUGGUGUCAUCAUCUCACGCACGCAGCUGACUCCUGGAACAUAGCUAUAAGCUACCAGAAGCUUGAAAGCUAGAAGCCUCCUUAUCUCUCGUCCUCCUUUAUAUGGUCUCGCCCCCUUGCCUCCAUACUUAUAAGUAUGUUCGACAUCGAUAUGCGCGAUGCCGAACUUUGCGCCGGUGACUGGGGGCAACAAUGAUAAGUCUGGGAGUCGCCGUCGACCGCUGACACGCCUCUUCCUCCCGACCCCGCUACCAUGAAGACCAAGGAAGUCGUGGUUAUAGGUGCUGGUGUCGUCGGUCUGACGACGGCAAUUACGAUCCAGGAGCAGGGAGGCUACAACGUGACGAUCGUCGCUGAAACGUGGCCCAGCGACCCGAAGACGGUGAAGUAUACGAGCUUCUGGGCGGGUGCGUCCCAUGGCGUAUACAGAGGUCCCGAUGAGAACUUGAGAAAGGUUCGCCAGGACACCUUCAAGGUGAUGUGGGAACUGUCAGCACCAGGAGGCCCAGCGGAAGCCUGCUUCCAUCGCACAACGGAACACGCCUUUUAUUAUGACGGCUUAGGCCAAUAUGCAGACGAUAUGCCGAACCUCAAGCGUAUCCCGGAAUCCGAACUGCGCCUCGGGGCCAAGGCCGGCUACAGCUUCAGCUCCUACGUGAUCGACCCGCCCGUGUAUCUCAACUACCUCCUCUCGCGCUUCAUCGCGCGUGGCGGGCACAUCGUCCGGGGGACGGUGCAGCACAUCAGCCAGGUCAUUGAGGGCGGCACCGGCAUAUGGGUGAACGGCAAGCCGUCGGCGGCCCCGGACGCGCUCGUUGUAUGCAAUGGCUUGGGCGCGAAGACACUAGGUGGGGUGGAGGACGCAGAGGUGUAUCCGAACAGGGGCCAGAAUGUCAUUGUGCAUGCGCCCUGGGUCAGAGACGCGAUGAGCCUGAGCUCGCCUGAGCCGACGAUCGAUACCUAUGUCUUCCCGCGACGGAAUGGUGACGUCGUUCUUGGUACUGUGCGCGUGCCUCAUGACUGGUACCCAGUCGCCCGCCCCGAAACGACCACGCAGAUUCUCGAGCGCUGCCUAGCACUCUGCCCCGAACUCGCCCCGCCCGAGAUCCGCGCACAGCGGGCACCUACCAUCGACGACCUCCGUCCACUCAUUGUGGAGGAGACGUGUGGCUUGCGACCAAUGCAUGUCGGCGGCAUCAGGAUGGAGGUGAACUGGAUUGAUGGACGGGAGCGCGAGAGCAAGAUCCCCAUGCUCCUCAACUAUGGAUACGGUCCGAGCGGCUACGAGCCCAGCUGGGGAAGCGCGAAAGCGGCUUUGGAGAUGUUGGAGGGAGCGUUGGCUAAUGUGGUGGCAUGAUAUUGAAUCUCUGGAUCUUGGUAUUGCGUCAACAAUGAUGGGUCAAAAACAGUCAGAGAAGUCUCGGGCGAACGCAGUGACGAGGUAGGCGGAUCAGGACACAUCACGACGCCAGCGC